UUGUACAGUUUCCCCUUUUUGGAAAACAUAUUUAUUUGGCGUGCCUGUGCGUAAAGGUGCAUGAAAUCCACAUUUUUAAACCAUUAGACGGAUCUAUUUUUUUUUUUGGAGGUAACUGGGUAUCCACAACACGUUACCGCGAAGAUGGGACUUGUUUGGCUGAUUUGAGUGGAAAAUGUCAAGAGCAGCGUUUGAAACUCAAAACUUGGCCCAGAAAUCCAAUUUCCAGGAUGGUGGUUUUGUAGCACCUCAGGUUCCAGGAAAUACCCCAGAGAAAUUAACUGGCCCCUGCGUGUUAUCAGCUGAGAGCCAGCAGCCAGCCAUGGGUCCCCUCACUACGCCUAAAAAAGGAAGGGAAGUAGGCUCGGUGGAUCCCUGGACGCCGACCUCCAAUCUUAAAAUGCUCAUCAGUGCUGCUAGUCCCGACAUCAGGAACAGAGAGAAGGAGCUGUGCAUGGAUCCGGACGGACGGGACGGUCUGGACUCUACGCAGGACAAUGAAAAUGGAGAGGAAUGUGAGAAAAUGAUCAGCAGAAAAGAGAAGAGUCUGGGUUUACUCUGUCAUAAAUUCCUCGCCCGCUACCCAGAUUACCCGGACCCUUCCGUCAACAACGACAUCUGCCUGGAUGAUGUGGCCACUGAGCUCAACGUCGAGCGCCGCCGCAUCUAUGACAUCAUGAACGUGCUUGAGAGCCUCCACAUGGUGAGCCGCUCGGCGAAGAACCGCUACACGUGGCACGGCCGCACCAAACUGGCUCAGACUCUGGCCAUUUUGAAGCAGGUGGGCGAGGAGCACCGGUACGGCCAGCAGAUGCAGCAGAUCCGCCACCGACUCCUGGACAAGGAGUUCGACUUCGACGGUGGGGAGGAGAAGGAGAACGAGGAGGUGGUGGUGGACCUGGAGAGCAGGGAACAGGGACAAAGGGAGCUUUUCUUUGUGGAGCUGCCAGGAGUAGAGUUCAAAGGAGCCUCCGUCAACAGCCGGAAGGACAAAUCUCUGCGGGUGAUGAGCCAGAAGUUCGUCAUGCUCUUCCUCGUGUCUAAUCCUCGCGUGGUCAGUCUGGACAUAGCCGCCAAAAUCCUGAUCGGGGAGGACCAGGUUGCAGAUCAAGACAAGAACAAAUUCAAGACCAAAGUGCGGCGGCUGUACGAUAUAGCGAACGUGCUGCGGAGCCUGAAACUGAUCGAGAAAGUCCACGUGACGGAAGAGAGGGGGAGGAAACCGGCGUUUGAAUGGGUCGGCCCCGACAAAUUCCCCAAAGUCAAAGACUUGGAGAGCUCCACAUCCAAGUCUCUACCCAAGAAGACGAGCGUGCUGGAGUCGCGUACCUCCGUAGACAACUGUGCCAAAAAACUUUUUCCGUCAUCGGGGGGUAAACGCGGCUUCACCCGACACCCCUCCCUCAUAAAGCUGGCCAAGAGCAUUCAGGACGACCGGCGCAAGAUCAACUCCGCACCCAGCAGUCCCGUCAAGAGUUCCUUCAAUGACUCAUCAAAUGCUGACUUCCCCAACAAGAUGGCCCAACUUGCUGCUAUUUGUAAGAUCGAACUUGACCAGGAGUCAGCGACCGGAGAUGAAGAUCCACUUCCUGCUCCAUCUGAACCGGACGCAGCUGCUGAGCGGCUCGAGUCGACCGCCUCAAUCUCAAUGGAACCACCUCAGACACCAGUCAACACUACUGUCCACCUCACGCCUCAGGCCCAGCUGCAGGCCCAGCCUCCUCCAGGCACCGUCGCCUACAUCCCCGCACAGUGUUCCCCUCUGAUCCCCGUUACCCUGUUACCUCAGCAGCAGGGGAACGGUUCCUACGCCGUGUUUUUGCACUCUUCCUCCCUCAUGCCGAACCAUCGGGCCAGGCCGCAGCCCACCAGCCUCGCCGUGCGCUCCAUGACCUUCGAGGAUAAGACCGGCCGCAGCCCGACGGCCCAGCCGAACGCAAUGAGCCAGCCGGCAUCCAGAGCGCCCGACGUCAGCCCCCUGGUGCUCAAACGGCUGUGUCCCGACUCAGCUUCAGAAAGCAGCCCCUCCAAAACCAAGAGGACUGACUCCAACUUCAAGGACGCUUCUCCAAAGCUGUGUGAGAUCCUGCAGGCUCGCCUGAAAGCCCGACGCGGCGGUCAGCUCUCCAGCCGGCCCUCGUCUCGCGCCCUCCACCUGGACCCCGAGUUCGUCAACACCCCCGGCGGCGUGGUCGUAGCCCACCAGACACUGGAGCAGAGCUUGGAGACCUUCCUGGACAGGGAGGACAGGAUGGCCAACUCUGACAGCGAGGCGGGACUGACGCCGCUCAGAGAGAUCCCACUGACCCCCGGACAGAUCCACACAGAGACGUUAGUGCCAGCAGGAUACCUGAUCCCAAUCUCCCAGCAGUCCCUCAUCGGCUUUAAGGAAUUUCAAAGUUCAGGCGGAGAAAGCAACAAGAACUCAACUCCCACUUACAACAUCUUCCAAACACCAACUGCAGGCUCCAGACCUCCCCCAGCCCAGGAGAUUACACCCACCAGCAUUCGCCUUCACAAACCCCUCGCUGCCGCCACCGCCUCGCCCCACGCCCCCCCGCAGGCCCACCACCUCCACAGCCCCAGCCCCGCCAUCCUCAACUUCACCCUGCAGAACCUGGGCCUGAUCUCCAGCCCCAGUCCCGUAGCCGCUUUCGCCACCCCUCAGACUCCAGAGCGGAGCAACACGCUGCCAAGCCCGCUGAGCCUGCAGCAGAGAAGCAUGGUGUUCAUCAAACCGCUGUCACCGGUGCCGCUCCAGCAGUCUGGGCCCCCGCAACCAAUGGCCCUCAUCAGCUUACAACAGCCUCUGAUGACCACCCCCAAAGGGACGGCGCUCCCCCAGCACAGCUUCUUCCACACGCCGGUCCCCCUGUCGCCUCUCGCUGCCGUGGUAACCAGCGGAGGACACCCACCAACCACCAAAACUGUUUACAUCCCUCAGAGGAGGCUGGACGUCGCCACUGAGGAAUCCUGAGAGCCUUGAAGGAACCCGACUGAUGUCUGUGUACAUAAUGUGAUGUGUGUGUGUAUGUAUGUGUAUGUAUGGGUGUCGUAUGUGGGUGGGUGUCACGUGUUUUAGGGGGGUUUUUUUAUUUUAUUUUUUUCAUUACCUCUGAACAUUUCGCAGCGGUCUCACUGCCGUCGUUCUUAUCACGACCUCGGUCUAAAAAUAGCUGCCAUGCAGGCUGGAGCCGUGGCGGAGUGGACUCACAGAAAUUAGGUGUCAAACAAAGUUCACCAGAUACUCACGAACACUAUUGUCAUGCUCAAAGUGAUGCUGGUCAAAGCAUUUCCCCGUAGCUUAUUUUAUAUCAUCAUUAUUAUUAUUAUUAUUAUUAUUAUUAUUAGAUUUCCAGAAAACAAAACAAAACAGCUCUUUUUUUCGACAGGUUUUUUUAUCUUUUUAAAUUUUAUUUGAGUUAUAUCUGCUAAUGUGAAAUGCUGUUUUAUUCUCCAAAUGACCAAGAUAAAUAACCGUCACAUUAAUGCUGUAAAGAACGAUACAUCCGAGUCAGAUGGGCGUUUUUUUGUGUGACUGAAAGUCAAGUUUGAUUGGGAAGAAAUUGCCAACUGAUAAUUUUUGUCUUUAAAUUAAAAAAAAACUAAUGAGAUGACUUUUGCACAAUAUGUUCAUGUCAGCUGUUACCCCCUUUAAAAAAUGGAAAUGUUGAAAAUAUGUGAAUACUUGUGAUCUAAGCCUAAUCAGACAUUUGAUGACUAUAAUUUAUAUAAGGAGAGUAUGUUUGUUUUCUGAUGUCCUGCUUAA